GAAACAUUCACUUAACAAGUACAUAAACCCCCUUGCUUUCUCCAAUCCGCUCAAAAACACAUCCAACCGCUCUACCAAACCACCUCCGGUUCAAAUUCCACAAAAGCUUUCAAGAUGACUACCGCACUCAAGUCCAUCAAGUCCCUCGCCCCUCUCCUCGACCGCGUCCUGGUCCAGCGCAUCAAGGCAGAGGCCAGAACCGCGUCUGGUAUCUAUCUCCCGGAGUCGAGCGUCAAGGAACUCAACGAGGCGAGAGUUUUGGCUGUUGGUCCCGGUGGCCUGGACAAGGAUGGAAAGAGAAUUACCCCUAGUGUGGCGCCUGGUGACAAGGUUUUGAUCCCACAGUACGGUGGAUCGCCCGUUAAGGUUGGAGACGAAGAAUACUCUCUGUUCAGAGAUCACGAUAUCCUUGCCAAGAUCAACGAAUAGAUAAUGAUC